AUGGCGGACGAAACGGACGACUUGGAAUAUUCUGAAACCAACGUAGGGUCAGCUCAAGCUCAAGGAGUAAGGAAAAAUAUUUCUUUGAAGUUAAAAGGAAAGGGUAGAGGGAGAGGACGUAGAGGUGGUAGAGGCAGACGAGGAUCAACAAAAAAGUCAAUUUCUGGUGCAGCAGAGGAAGAAGAUGAUACUGAAGAAACAACCGAGCCACCUUCUGAACCUGCAUCAGAUAAACAAUUUGGUGAAUCAAACCUGGAUGAAGUUAUUUCAAAGUUAGAAGCUCCAGCUUUUAGUCCUAUGGACAGGAAUUUUUCUGAGCCAUUGCAUCAAAAUAAAAAAUUACGUUGGGAUCACAAGGUUAAUCUUAUUGGAGAGAAAGUCAUCGAUCCCUUGAUUCAUUGCUGUGAAAAAUGCUCUUUACCAAUUUUAAAUUAUGGAAGAAUGAUUCCUUGUAAACAUAUUUUUUGUUAUGACUGUGCUAAAAAAUCUGACAAGCUAUGUUCAAAGUGUGAUGAUAAAGUUCAGAGAAUUGAACAAAGUGCUUUGGGUACUGUUUUUAUGUGCACGUUUGGUGGUUCUCGACAUGUGCCAGGAGCAUGCGGUAGAACCUAUUUAAGUCAGAGAGAUUUGCAGGCUCAUGUUAAUCACAGACAUUUAAAACCCUCAACUGCACCUACUUCAUCUGCAACUGUUUCAACUGCACAUUCUGUUCCUACUUCAACUACAGUAUCAGUAGGACCUAGUCAUACAUCUGUAGCAAGAGAUCCUCGCGAUCCACGAGGACAUUUGCAAGUUGAUGUUUCUCAUCAGAAUAUAAUAGUUGGACAUAUUCCACAUUCUCAAGAUCAUAGAGAAGUUGUUGACCACACAAGAAAUACCAAUAUGCCAAUGGGGAGUCCUGCUGGCCAGCCUCGGCAAUAUCCCCAUUCUCCUGCAAGCUAUCCCAGUGUGAUUCCUGUGAGCAGUGCAAGACCAAACCUCAUAACUGUUCCCAUACAAGAUGACGGCGCUGCCCAUUCUACUGCACCAGCACCUCAUAUACAUCCUCAAGGUCAUGUAUCACAGUAUGCAACAAAUGCAACACCUCCUCAUGCUAUGCCUGCUAUACAGCAUCCACCAUCUAAUUAUACUCAUGCUUACCAACAUCCACACCCAAAUCCUGCUCCUGCAUAUUCACAAGCACCACCAAUGACAACUCAAACAUAUUCUCAACCUCCUCCACCAGUUCACCAUCAGCCACCCCUUCAUGCACCUGGUGGUCCAAUCUAUUCAGCGCCCCCUCCUGUUGUACAUCAUCAACCACCCCCAACCUACACUCCACCUAGAGGGCCACAACAUGCUCCACGUCCGAUGCCGCUACCACAGAGGUUUCCUCCUACUUCUGGAAACUAUGAAGAAAAUCCAUCUUACAUGCAACAGUGGGGACCAGGAGGAGUCCCUCCUCCCCCAGCAAGAACAGCACUUCCACCACGACCAAUUACAGCCCCACCACCUUCAGCAAAUCCAGGACUUUUACAACCUAGAGGACCUACAGAACCUGGAUAUAGAACACCUUACUAUCAAUGAUAGUAAAAUGUAUAUGAAUGUCAGUUAUUUCAAAGUGAUAUGCUCUUAAGCAUAGGUGUGAAAAUAGAUCAGAAGCUUGAUAUAGUUAAUCUCUUUUCAAGGAUUGAAAGAUAUUAUCAGAACAUACAGUGAAUGUAUUCCACUUUGACUUGUAUGCAUUAUGAAUUGUUUUUUUUUUUUUUCCUGUGCUGCAUACCAUAUAAAAAAGUGUCUAAAAUUCAAGAUGUUACACACAUAUUUCUAUUCAAGUAAGUUCUCAAAGGAUACUGCUUGAUUUAAUGCACUAAAUCUUAAAAGAACACAUUUUAUUUAAGAUUUAACUUUCUGCUUAAAUAGUUUUGUUUUUAACAAAUUCUCCGCCCCUUUUUUGUCUCUCAAUGUACAAUACUGUUAGCAAUAUCUUUUCCCUCCUGAAGAUAAUUUAUAUAAAAAAUUUUAAAUCAUUCUGGUAGUUAUAAUAUAAUCUCUUGUAUGGUUUUCCUUCGUUGCAUAAUGUUCACUAACUUUCGUACAUCGAUAUUAUGGAUACUAUAUCUUCACAUAUUUUUAUGUCGUCACAAUUUCAAAAGAAAAAAAUCAUUGCAUGAAUUUUUCUUUUAUACUUUUCUUGUUUUAUUGUGUCGAAAGUUAUUAACCUAUUGCAUGUGUUACAAUUGCAUUUCCAGUGUGAGAUCCCAAUUUUAGAAUUCCAAAAUUCGGAACUUUUUCCUUUUUUCCCCCUUUUAAUCAAAAAAAUAAAUAAAUUUCUUGUCCAAAAAACAAAAAGGUUCACCUUUGUUUUUGUUUUUUUUUUUUCAGUUUUAAAAGUUUAAAUUUGUUAUUUUUCCGCAAUUACUUGUUGAGAACACAGCACUUUCAGUUCAGCUUUUUUCUUUUUUUAAAGAUUUUUCAGUGCUAUUUGUUAUGCGUAAAUAAGUGUUUUGCUGCAAUUGUGGAGCAAUCUUUUAACAUCCACUUUUGGUUAGUGAUAAUCUUUUUCUUCUAAUAAUUACAAAGCCUAUUGAAUAAAAGUACAAAAUUAUUUUAGUAAAAAUAUGAUUUAUUUAUUGCAUUGAUUGGCACAUUGCAUAAUAAUAAAAAGCAACAUCUACAGACUACACACGGCUGCAAAUUAUCUCAGACUUUUCUUUAAUUAAUUUUUCAAUUGGCGAAGUGUCCUUUCAUUUAGAUUGAUCAAGAAAUAAAAGAAAUUUAGUGCGACAUUAGCAAAACCAGGAAAAACGAGAAAUACCGCACGAUAGGAGGAUUUGCAGUUUUUUAGUCAGAACCCAAAGUUUGGAAAAUUCCAAAAUCCAAGAAGAUUGCAGUCGUGGGAAUUACGAAUUUGGGGUCUCAUACUUGUAAUUGAUGAAAUUUUUCAUCAGUUUUCUAAACUUUUUAAUGGUACAAAGUGGAAACCUUUUUCACCUUAAAAGUAUGCAAAUAAAAUUUAUAAUACAUGUGGAAAAAAAUGUUUGCUUAGAAAUUGUAUAUGAUGUAAAUAUAAAUUUGUUAUAAAAUAAAAAAAUUGUUUCAUGUU